GCGAUUUGAAUGGAGCUCUUGCAUUGGAGCUUCGUCCGCCGCACAGAACGUUAUAAAACACUCGCCUUUCCAGGAGCAAUUGUCGGUGAUUUAAAUCGAAAUUAAUUGAUACGACGGGCUGCGGCUGCCGGGAAUCAAAGAGCGCGGAAUCGGAAUUCGGAAUCAUUGCCCCAACUAAAGUGUAUUGUGUAACCUUUCAAGACGAUGACAAUAGACCGCAAGGAGGUGAUGCGGGGAAGGGAGGUGUGCCAAUGAUCAUAUGAUUGCACAGAGGGGAAAAAAAAUAUAAAAACAUAGCACACAUCGCCAGACAUUUCGUUGCCAGAAACGAAAACAACAUUACGAAAAUCGGAAGGACAAGGUAUAUUUUGCCCUGGUAUUCUCCAUCUCCACCACCAUGUACACAAUCAACAAGGGACCCAGCAAAAUCGUGGCCAAAACGCGUCGCGGCCUGGCACAAAAUUUUGAAAAAUUCGAAAGCAUCAAGGAAAGCGGCCGGAAGAACGCCAGUUUCGAUCUGAACAGUCCCGAGGAGCACAAAAACAUACCGCGACCGGUGUUUCAACAGAGCUUCGCAUCCAAACGGAUAACGCCGACCAAACUGAUCGAGGAUGAGGUGAUAACGCCGCAGCAUGAGGAAAUUAUACGUUACAUAAAUGACUCCUGGAACAUGCUAGUGGCGCAGAAUCCCUACGAUUCAAGCUCAUCCGCCAAGCCCGCCGAGAAACCGCAGGCAGAUGCGAAUAACAACAGCGCCGCCAGUCCCGUGGAGAGCAUCAUGGCCAACACACCGGUGCCCGCAUCCUCGACAGCCACCGUUUGGGUGGAGCCGGCGAGUCCGGCGCUGCAGGACUUCAAGCCCUUCGACCUGGAGUCGUGGUGGGGCCGUCGCCUUUUCCAGAACAUCACCAAGAGCCUCUAAGAAGGGUCGGAAAAAAAUGUCCUUUGGAAAUUCCUAGCUAGCCAGUGCUUCCUUUUGUACUUGUACGUUCGACUGGACAUGGGCAGAAUCACACUAGAUAGAUGCAAAUAUCUGUAGAGGAGACGACGAGACUCUUGUGUAGUUUUCGGUUAGUGCCUAAGUAAAUAUCACUUUGGAUGUUAGUGGUUAGGAAGUCUUGGCUUAGUUUCUUCUUGUUUCGCAAGUGUGUAAAUGAAGUAAAUUGAGAGUCGCCGACGUUGGCCAAUGUAAAUACUACGAUUUCUGAUUUGCACUUAAGCAUGUGUUAUAGAGUUGUAAGAAAAAUAUUAUCUGGCCUGCUUGCCAGUUUUUAAAAUCAACACUCUUGUGAAUUGUAUAAAACGAUGAGGUGCAAAUUGACAUGAAAUUUAGCAAUCUAUUUUGGUUUCACUUUGUUUUCGUAAUUGCUAAUUAAUUCAAAAUAAUUGCCUGUAUAUAUAAUGAAACAAAAAAUUGGAUUUUAUUUUGUGAACUCUAGUUAAGACUUAGGAAUAUCCGACGUAGGAAUUGGUUGAUCCGAUUUCUCACCAAUGGCAUUGCAUGUAUUUAGUUUCUCAUUCUAGAUCGUUUUAUGUUUAGCAUAAAUAAAAAAUUUAGCAUGUUGCAGAUCA